AUGGAGCCGGAGUCGAUGCCUCCGCUGCCCUCACGUGGCUGGGAGCAGGAGGCGCCGCCGAGAGGAAAACGGCGCGACCGCAAGCCGCCCAGACAGCUCCUGGCGAGAGGAGGCGGACGGCGGGAGGGACCAGGCGGGAGGGGCGGACGGCAGACGGCGGGAGGAGCCGGGCAGGAGGGGCAGACAGCAGACGGCGGGAGGGGCCGGGCGGGAGGGGGAGGAUGGCGCGACCACGAGCUGCCCAACGCCGGGCGGGAUGAGGCGACGGCAGACGGCGGGAGGAGCCGGGCGGGAGGGGCAGACAGCAGACGGCGGGAGGGGGAGGAUGGCGCGACCACGAGCUGCCCAAUGCCGGGCGGGAGGAGGCGGGAGGAGCGGACAGCAGCGGCGCCGAGAUUGGAUCCUAUUGCUGUUUUCCAGGACAAGCGGUUUUUCUGUACUGUCACUGUUGACAGGCUUGGCUCUGAUCAACGUUGGUGGUUCGCUUCGUGUGCCACGUGCCUCAAGUCUGCUAAAUAUACUGGCUAUCAGUAUAGAUGCUCUGACGAUGCUUGCUCCUCUGUUGAGGCCGACUUAACGUACUGUAUUUCUGUCUUUGCAUCUGAUGGCACCGCGGAAACUGAAUUUGUGUUGUUUGACAAGGUCGCAUCGGGUGCUGUAGGAAAACCAUUAAUUGCUAUACUUCAUCAAAGGUAUCCCGGAUAUGCUGCCGUGGACAAGAUGGCCAAACUUGUGAGGCAUGACGUUACUAUUCCACCACAGAUAACUCAGCUCAUCGGGCAGAAGUAUAAGCUCAUGGUCUCCAUAUCAAAAAAAUGGAAGCUCAAAAAUGGCGAGGAUUUGUCAUUCCAGGUCAAUAGAAUUGCAGAAACCUACAAACCUGAGUUGCCUCCCUCUGUCAGUGCUGUUGCUUCUGGAUCUGGCAAGGAUGCAUUGGUCAACAAUGUUUGUGGUGAACAACUCCCUGUCUUGGGACCGGCUAUAUCGUCUGGACCAAACACACCUCCUCCCACGGGUUUUCUACCUGGUUCUCCUGCAGCUCAGGCACACACACAUGCUUCUAUUGGCAAAAUCACCCCCUCAACUCCAUCUCCACGGUACUGCUCUGUUGCCCCGAAGCGUGGCGCAAGGCGCUCUUUGUUUGGUAAAUCUUUGAAAGGAAAGUCUGACGUCAUGCUAGGCGAUGCUACUACAUCUGCCCAGGAUGGCGUGGAAGCUGUGGUGGAUGAUUCUUCCAUGACUGUUGAAGAGAAAGAUGUUGAUGCGGUACCCAUUAGGCCCAAAAGGUCCCCGUCCGGUAGCAAGGGUCCGGGCCACCAAAGAAACAACAGAAGUAAUGCCCUUUCUGCAGUGCUUGCAGAUGUCGUUUGUAAAUAAGGUUCAGUUCCGUUCAUCCUUGUCUUCCUGUAUGAUUCUUGUUAUGAGCUUAGCUCACAAGAAACAGGUGAAGGGUUCCUAGAUAGUUCACUGCUGCUUGCCGCCUCGACAUUCGCGGGUGUUCGGCUUGCCUUCCUCCGUGCUUCAUCGAGCUACUAAGGCGGCUUUGACUUUUGCAUCUAUGGGUCUCGUCUUACGCUGUCUGCGUGAUGUGAUGACCUUGCCGUUUGCCCACUCUGUGUUGUUGGAUGUAUCUUUAAUGCUGCAGCAUAGAUCACCUACGAUUGUUGCUUAGAUGCACAUGUGAUGGGUAUUUUGUGUGACCAUAUGCUUGUCCAGAAGCAAGCUUUUAUAAGUACAAACUAAUAACAGUAGGAAAAGAACCUGCUAGACCGGUGUCAGCACAAUCUGAUGAUUGACCUGUAAACUUCAUUUCUCUGUUUGCAUGCCAUGGACUAUUGGUGAAUACUUGGAUCUAUCUAUUUAAGCUUAUGUAUCUAUCGUGAAUUUCUACUUGCUAUUGUUACUGGCAAGGCUAUAAUAUAGCCUCAAGUUUCAUAUGUCUUGUGUAUUGAACGUACUUACUAGAGUUUCUGUUGCUCUAUAAUUAGUAUGUGUUCAGUUUUUCCAAGGAAGGGUAAAGCAAUCUUUAAAAAAAUGGUUACAAAUGUACUAUGGGAUACCAACAGUUUCUGAAGUUAUCCGCCAGAGGUGUGGUUAUAUAAGAUGGAUGCCAGGCAUCAUAACAUACAAUAUGUAUUUUACUCAUGGACUAAAACUUUUUGUAAGCAAUCGUUUAUUUUCACAUUCAACUAAUGUUCUUUAAGUUGAAAGAAAUAAAGUUAAGCUCUCCUCUGUUAUCUAAAGAAGCAGCUAUCCAUGUGCUAUCUGACGUAUGAAAUGAAGAGUGCAUGCAAAACUAAACAAAACUUAUUCAAACACGAUGAAUUCACAUUCCAUGUAACCUUCAAAUACAUGUUAUAGUGACCAUAAUCGUUAGUGACUAAGCUUGAUUUUGAAAUGCACCUGCCAUAUAAUUCACAAGGAAUUAAAUCACUGAUAUCACACAUGUUUGUUGUCCAUCACAGGGAACAAUAGAAUAAAAAUAUGUUUUGCUUAGCAGUACUGGAAAUAUUGGAAUGUUCAACAUUUAAUGGAUGUUCCUUCUUUAUAUGAGGUCAAUACAUAUUUAAAAUUACUUUCAUAAUAUACAAAUUGGUGCAUACAAACCUUCUCUUCUGAUUCCAUCAACCACAAGUCCAUUGAUGCAUGUUAUGAUCUAUGUCCUUGCUUACUCGGGGACGAGUAAAGGUUUAUGCUUGGGGGAGUUGAUACGUGCAUUUUAUAUCAUCAUUUUUAUAUCUCAUAUUAUCAUAUUGGAAUGUUAUUAGCACUGUUACAUCAAUGUUUUUACAUGUUUUAGAUGAUUUAUGGGACUUUCCUACAAGUCCCUAUUUUUGGUAUUUAAUAUCAGGGAGGCAGAUUCCCCUCCUUUUCUUGUUUUUAUUGUUUCAGGAGUUUCGGGAACCCAAUGAACAAAAGGAAAGAAACCUCGGUGAUUUUUCUUCGGAAGGAAUAACGUCGAAAGAAGACCGAAGGGAGGAGAGCCACGGUGCCCAAGUUGGGUGGGCCCACGCGGCCAGGUACAGGGGUCGCAUGGGACCCACCAACAGGAGCCUCGGGCACCUCCUCGGCUGGGGCUUUUUAGGUAGGUCGUCGUCUUCCCCGAAAAGUCACGCCCUAUUUUUCCCCGAAUUAUCUGAGGCCGCGACGGCGGCGAAACUCCUGGAUCCCUUCGAGGGGGUCAGAUCCUGCUGCUCCGGAGCCCCCGGAGAGGGGGAAACCAUCGCCAUCGUCAUCACCUUUCCUCCUUGGCGUGUGAGGAGGCCUCUACAUCAUCACCAUCACCAAGACCAGCACCAUCUCCAUCACCAUCCCUGUGAUCCAUCUCGUUCCCCUCAUAGUUUGAGAGCUGCUAUACCCUAGAUCAUUGUCUUGUGCUCCUAUUCAUGUUAGUGAUUGGGUACUUGUCAUUAUUUGGUGGUGAAGUUAUAAUUUCAGAUUGUGUUGUACCCUUUAUGCCACUGAUUAUGAUCAUGUUUGCACGUUGUGAGUAGUUCCCGCAUGUUCCUGAGGGCAUAGGAUGAAUUGGCAAUGAUUUAUAUAUAACAUGUGUUGGUAUU